GCAGUGAUGGAGACCACCAACGAAGUCUACAAUGCUUCACUCUUUAAAGGAUUUACACCACAGGGUCUGGUUUGGGAGUCAAUCCGCACAAUGGUCGCCAACAGACUGGCGAUCGAUGGCAAAUCCUGGCACGAAACCUUCAAGAAAUACAACAGUGGCACUUACAACAACCAAUGGAUGGUUCUCGAUUACAAUAAGUUUGUUCCGGGUACAAAGUUACCAUUUGGAGUGUUAUGGGUUGGGGGAACAGAUGCCUGGAUUGUAUCACUUCGAAGAUGUCACAGGGGUUCUGGUGCGGAAAGGAUACUGGGCUAGCUACAAUGUGCCCUACUUCAAAGAUGUGUUUGUGGUGAGUGGUUAUGAUGAUAGGGUACGCACAAACGGUUCCUGGUAUUCACACUCUGACACACCUCGCGCGAAAAUCUUUGCUCGCGAUCAAGGAAACGUCAAAGAUAUGGAAACCUUCAUGAAACUCAUGAGAUCUAACAACUACAAACAUGAUCCCUACGCUGCUUGUAACUGCACGCCGCCCUACAGUGCUUCAGGAGCUAUUGCCGCGCGGAAGGAUUUGAACCCGCGCGACGGAUAUGGACCGCAAACCAGUUUACCAUAUGGCGCAAUCGAUGCGAAAAUCACCAACUUCAGCAUGUUUAGGAAGUACUUGUUCACUGCUGUUGAAGGUCCCACACGCGGGACCAACGAUGUGCUUCCUGUCUUUAAGUGGAGUGACAGUGGAUAUAAUAUUAGUCAUUAUUUACAGCCAGAUGUAUUUGAUUUCGCUCCCAUUACAACUAAAUGGGUAUUUGUUGGAGAUGAUGAUAUCAAUCGAAAAUCGGAUGAAAAUAAGGAAGAAGAUGUAUUUGCUGGGUAUGAUAAUAAUAUCCCCCUCGAUUGAUGGGUCUAGCUUAUUCAAAUUUAAUCGAUAGAGACUCAAGUUGACUUAAUUGUAUUUUUGGUGACAAUGGUAUAAAACAAAAAUUGAAUAAAAACUAUCAAGUAGAUGUAUUUGCUGGGUAUGACAAUAUUAUUUCUCCAGAUUGAUGGGCCUGACCUAUUCAAAUUCAAUUCAAAUCUAUUCUCUCUACUACUGGAAAUUACUGAUAUAUUGCAAUUAUUCAAAUGCUAAUGAAUCAAUAAUUAUUAUUAAACGAAAAUCCAAAUUAAAUGCUGUAAUUCUACCCCGGAGACUUCUGCUACUGCAAAUAUUGACAACAGGGUUAACAGCUAGAAGUUAAUAGCUCCGGGGUGAAUUACAGCAUUUAAUUUGGAUUUUCGUUCAAUAAUAAUUAUCAUUAUUUUCUCUACUAAAUUCGAAAGUUACAAAGUUUGUAAUACAGUAAAAGUUAAACAGGUAUUGUUUGUAAAACUCCAUCAGGUGUAAGUUUGUAAUACAGUUGUAUGUAAUACAGGUAUUCUCCUACCUUAAGCUAGUAAAUGAACUUCUAUUAACGAAUGAACAAAGAACGAAAAAGGCACAAUAAUGCAAACACUGGCAUAAAUCAAAAUUACUUUUCCACCAGUGGGAGUAGGAUCUUGCUAUCUCUCGUUCAUCAAUGCUAAAUUAAAACUAGUACAAUUCGAAUGUGUGAAAUAGAUAAUUUUAGUUACAACUUAUAUUCAUAGAAAGAAUAAAUCAGAUUAUGAGAAGAGAAUAAAUGUAAUAAAAAAUAGAAGAGAAAAUGGAAUAACUAGAGACUCAGCUCAAGUUGACUUGAUAAUAAUAUAUUUUUGAUGACAGUUAUUGUAUUGUUGAAAAAUUUGUUGAAAAUAAACAAGCAGAUCUGUGGUGUUACAUGUCGAAAAUUAAACUAAACUAAACUGAUUAUAAACAU